GUGUGUCAUCUACGUCUGCUACACCACUGUGGCAGUUGCUCUCUUUUAGAUUCUGAACACUUGUUGGUUUAUUGUCAUUAAUUUGUGUUUCACUUCCUAAGUCGUCUUCUCAGCGUGCAACGACAUGCCUCAUUGUGCAAAUGACAAGGAUUACACUGAGAAGAACUGGUGAGUGACGGCUAGUGCACAUUGUUAGUAAGGAGCAUCGUUUGACACACAAUGAAGCUCAUUUCACACGUCCUUUCGCUGGUUGUAAUGUUAGCUUCACAGAAAUGUCAGGAAUUGGAGUGGAUUGUUGAACCAACUCCAGACGUCGCAUAUGAUGAGUACAUAUACAGUGACUUUGGCUUUAAUUUCUUUGAUUUUUUCAUUGAAAGUUUUGAUGUCCCAGAACCCAACAUCACAGUGUACCGACAAACGGAGGACAGAGAGAAUGUGAUCGUGACAUGCCAGUUUGGCAAAACACACCGCAGCCAUUCAUACAGUCUGUCUGUGGAGAGUGAACUGAACUACACCACAGAAUUACUCAAAUGCUCUUCUUCAGAUUCUUCUGAAAUAUGUGUGUAUAUGGUUACAGUGAGUCCACCUGCUUCCUUCACCUGUGAGCAUGAUUGCCUGUUUGCUGAUUUGCGCAGCCAGACCUACAAUUACAGUGUGUCAGUCUUGGAUCAUCAUGAAGAAGGAGUGUCUUUAUUCUACAUCUGUUUUUCCUCCUCCAUUGUUGUUGGUCUCUUCAUCAUGACUGCAGCAGUGAUCGUGACCAACAUCAGGAGCAAAACUAAAGAUGCGUCUGAUGCGAGGAACCCAGAUUACAAUACAACGACAGAUUCUCCUGAUGUAUGGAAUACUGCUACUUCUACUUCAGCGGCAGAUCCUGACAUCAGAUCUUUCCUCAUCUACAACGAGGACCACAACAAAUGUUUGAAAGUCAUGAGUGCUACUGUGAUUCAGACUGUGCUGUGUGAUGUAUCAUCUGAGGCUCAGCAUUUCAGAUGGAUUUCUUCUUCACAAAUCAUGAGCCUCUCAUUAGGUCUCUGCUUGGGGUCAGAGAACAUCAGCGAUUGGGUCAAAGUUAUCCUUUUGCCCUGCAAUGAUCUCAGCCCAGUGCAAACCUGGGAAUGUAAAGAUGAAAGCUUGUUUGGUUUGAAGGGACGUUCACUGCACCUAAACUAUGGAAAUCAUGAUGAGCCAAAUGUGAUGUUGUCUUCAGGCACAGGUGUUUGGAGUCGCUGGCUGAUUUAUGGGACCAACGAAAAUUUGUGUUCACGUGGAUAUCACGAUACAUAUACUAUAGGUGGUAAUUCAUUUGGAAAACCAUGCCACUUCCCUUUUAAGUUUGGUGGCAAAUGGUACGCUGACUGCACUGUGGAUGGCAGAGCAGAUGAUCACCUGUGGUGUUCCACAGAGGAAGAUUUUGACACAAAGGAAAUGUGGGGCUUUUGCCCCCCAAAAAAUGUCCCAGUGCCCAAUAUUACAGUGUUCAAGCAGAUGGAGGACAGUGAGCAUGUGGUCGUCAUGUGUUCAUUUGGAAGGUGGCUCAUUGAGAGCUCCUUCCACCUGUUCCUAAAGGGUAAACAGGACUAUAUCCUGAACAAUGCACUAUGCUAUUCAAAUGGAAAGUGUGUGUUCUACGUGAAAGUGAGUUCACCGGUUUUCCUUCACCUGUGAGCACAGGAUUCAUUUUGUUGAGAACCAUCAGAGUGAGACCUACACCUACAGCCCAUCUGAUUUUGCUAAAAAUCAUGAUGAUAAAGGAAUAUCUUUAUUCUGGAUCGGCUUUUUCUCCUGCUUUGCGGCUGUUCUCCUCAUUGCAACUGUGGCAGUGGUCAUCAAGAAAAAAACUAAAGUUUCAACGAUUACUGGGAAAAAUGAUACUAUGUGGAUGUAUAAGAAGACAUCAGAGUUUUCAGAAGAGGAAUGAAGAGACAACCAAUCAAUUAAUAAAUUUAGACUGAUCACUUUCUGCAUGCUAAACUGCAAUCAUUUUCAAUAUUCAAGUAAAAUACCUAUUAUAUUGAUUGUAACUAACUCUUUAAUCACAAUGUUCAAAAAUUACUAAAAAUACCUUAUCUUCAAGAACAAUGCAUAACCAUGAAUUAAAUGUCUAUUCUCCACUGUUCUGCAAUUACACUUUUUGCACUUACUGCAGCUACGCUGGUUUACUUUUGAAAUUCUGUAUUGCAAUGGCUUUCAUAUUUUGAUUUUUCCUUAUUUGUACAGAAUUUAAAUAGAAAUGUGUGCAAAAUGAAUAAAUAAAUUUUAGGCAUACUAUGCCU